CCUCGUGGGUUUUAAAUUCACCGGGGAAUCCAUCAAGCAGACAGUGGCUUCUGCCUGUUGCCCGUGUCCUUGUUCUCUCGGAUCUCAAAGGCGUUGCUUGGCAGGGUGGAAAGGAUGAGUAAAGAAGAAGACAGCAAGUUCCUCAAAAUACAGGCAUGCGUACUGAAGGUGAACAUAUGUUGUGAUGGAUGCCAGAAGAAAGUGAAGAAAGUGCUUCAUAAGAUCGAUGAUCUAUGGGUUUCGAUUUUUCGUGCAAUAAUCACCAAAUGCUUCAUGGCAAUUUUUAAUUGGGGGAGUUCAGGGGUCUACACUACCACUAUAGAUGCGGAGGAGAGGAAGGUGAUCGUCACUGGGAAUGUGGAUCCUGCCAUCCUGAUCAAAAAGCUUAGCAAGGUUGGCAAACAUGCGGAGCUGUGGCCUACAAAGGGUGGCAACCAGCAGAACCUCGCCAACCAGCUCCAAAAGCUCCAGUUCGAGCAUGCCAAAGGACAGCAGAAGGAGAAUGGAAAGACCAAAAAAGGUGGUGGCGGUGGAGGUGGCGGUGGUGGUGCUGGUGGUGGAGGAGGAGGAGGCAAGGACCACAAGUGGCAGCAGCCACAGCCGCAGCAGCAACAGGCAAAAGGGUUCAAAGAUCUCAAGUUUCCAAAUCUCAAGGACCUGAAGUUGCCGUUCAAGAAGGAGAGCAAAACUGUCAAGUUCGACCUUCCUCCCGAGGAAGAGAUUGAUGAUGAAGGUGACUACAGUGAUGACUACGAUGAGUUCGACGACGAGGACUUGGACGACCUGGAUGGGUUCGAUGAUGAGGACAUGUACGAUGACCCCAAGAUGAUGAAGCCCAUGAACUUCCAACCGAUUGGAAAUGGUACGGGAAAAGAUAAGAAAGGCAAUGGUCAUGGUGGUGGUGGUGGUGGUGGUGGUGGUGGUGGUAAGGGAGGAGAGGUUCAAGUACCAAACAAGGCUGUGGGUGGCAGUAACAUCAAUGGUGGGGGAGGGAAAACAGGUGGUGGCGGUGGUGGUAAGAAUGGUGAUGGGGCCCAUGACAGCAAGAAUGGAGGGGGAAAUAAAAACAAGGGUGGCAAUGGCACUGCCGGGAAUCAUGCUAAUCAUGGCAAUCCAUCCCAUGGGGGCAAUAAGGGUGGUGGUGGUGGUGGUGGUGGGAGCAAUAAUGGUGCGGGAGGAGGGGGGGGCCUUCCAAUGGGCCAACCUAACAUGAUGGGUCCGAUGGGUCACACGCAAACAGCCAUGGGUCACAUGGGGAGUUUUCCGGCUGUCCAAGGCCGUCCGGUUGGAGACGGCGCGCCGCCCGGCUACUUCCAGGGUGGGAUGGUGCCGCCGGAGAUGAUGAUGGCAGGCGCAAAUCCAUACCAGCAGCAGUACCUGCAAGCACUGAUGCAGCAGCAGAGGAUGAUGAUGAUGAACGGCCAAGACCGUCCUGCAUUCCCUCCCAUGGGCUACGGCUACGGUCGGCCGGUGUACGUGCCACCGCCUCCUCCCCCUGGGGAGCCAUGCACCAUCUUCAGCGACGAGAAUCCCAACGGUUGCUCCGUAAUGUGAUGGCCGCAAAGUGAGCUCGAUAGUGUCUUCGUUUCUUUGAGAGUGUUAAGCGAAGGGCAGCACUGAAGAGGGUGGGCCGUUCCUCUUCUCUAUCCUCCUCAUCUCCCACCUUCACCCAAAUAUGGUUUUCUUUUCUGGGAUUUGGGUAUAGUUUUAAGCUAAUGUGUGGUUA